UCCCGAAUAAGCUUGUUGUUAGACGCGAAGCUGAGAGAAGCAGUUUUGAAAGAGAGUAUUUGUGUUAGAUUUUUUAAAUUCGAUAUAGUCUAAGUGGUUGUUUACACCAGUAAGGGAUACACGCUUUAUUUUACAGGUUUUGGGAUAUAAAGUGUUGUUUUCUGUGUGAAAACUAGCGAACCAGUGUGGCUGAGUGAUGCAACAUGGCAGCAAGUGCUGUCACUAGAUGUUUUCUGUCAGCAUUGAGGACACAGGCUCGGAGUCAGGCUGGAGUUCACCUUUCGGGGCAGAGUCGGGUGCUUUCUACUGUGAUGUGUAAAAACGGAGAGUCGCGGGGGAACACGAGCCUCGAGAGGAGAGCUCCAGCUCGGGACGAGGGACGAGGUCGGAGACUGAACCCUUCCAUCUGGAAGUCUGUCGGUUUGGCGAUAUGCGGUGCGGUCCUCCUGGACAGGGAUAAGGACGAACACGGAGACGCUAAAGUUCUCAAACCCGGGAGCUGUGUUGGACUCAUUCUUGCCUCGGCUCAGUGCGCUUCUCCCUUUAAACCCGACAGCCCCAGAUUCAGAUACAACUUUAUAGCGGAUGUGGUGGAGAAGUCCGCUCCAGCUGUGGUCUACAUAGAAAUCCUGGGCAGACACCCGUUUUCAGGAAGAGAAGUUCCUGUUUCGAAUGGUUCCGGUUUCAUCGUCAGCAGCGACGGCCUCAUCGUCACUAACGCUCAUGUUGUGGCCAAUAAGAGAGCGGUCCGUGUGAAGCUCCCAAAUGGAGACUCUUAUAACGCUACUGUGCAGGAUGUGGACCCUGAGGCAGACAUAGCUACCAUUAGAAUCACUCCAAAGAGUCCGUUACCCACGCUCACACUCGGUCAGUCAUCGGACGUUCGACAAGGAGAGUUCGUGGUUGCCAUGGGAAGUCCGUUCUCGCUGAGAAACACGAUCACAUCCGGGAUCGUCAGCUCAGCUCAGAGGGGCAGCAAAGAGCUCGGCCUUUCCAACUCCAACAUGGAGUAUAUCCAGACCGACGCCACAAUCGACUUUGGAAAUUCUGGAGGUCCUUUGAUUAAUCUGGAUGGAGAGGUGAUUGGGAUCAACACCAUGAAGGUGACUGCAGGGAUCUCAUUUGCUAUCCCGUCUGAUCAUGUGAAGGUUUUUCUUGAAAAAGCAGCAAAAAGAAAAACUUCUUGGUUUGGCGAAUCGGGAUCAAAGCCGCGCUACAUCGGCGUUAUGAUGCUGACAUUGACCCAGAGCAUCAUUGCUCAGCUGAAAACGAGAGACCCGUCAUUUCCAAAUGUGACCCACGGAGUCCUGAUCCACAGCGUGAUUACCGGCUCACCGGCCAGCAGAGCCGGCAUGCUUCCUGGAGACAUCGUGGUGGAGAUAAACGGGGUCAAGGUGUUCUCCGCUGAGGAGAUCUACAAGGCCAUUCGCAGCAACAGCAACAUCGCUGUGAUGGUUAUGAGAGGAAACAACCUGAUUCAGCUUCAAGUGACUCCUGAAGGCAUCGAGUAACGCCACCACUGCUGCGACAGAGCCGCUUCAACAGGAAAACUGUGAAACACGACUGGGUUCAAACAGAUUUCUUUUUGCGACGGUUCAUCCGUGUUCUCUGCUGUGAUUGUUGCAAACAUUGUAAUUUUUUAAUCUUUGUUUAGCCACAAAAAUGCAUUAACUGUAAAACUAGUAAUAAAAAUACAAAUUGGUGCACUUUA